AAUCGUUUAAAGUUUCUUCUCUUCUUCUCCAUCUCUCUCAUCUCACACACGUUCCCCUUCCCCUGCCCGCUCAAAAGCCCUAACUAGCACCUCCCACUUUCCGGAUUCUUUCUCUUUCGCUUUAUAUCUAUAUUUUUCAAUUCUCGAACAAUCUCCUUUAGGGUUUUUCCGCCCCUUGCUUUGCUCAAUUCCGCUUCAUCCUUCAAUUCAUUUGAGGGAGAAUACCAUUUUUGGCCGCUUUACUGGUUUACGUUUCCUUUAGCGACCACCGAUCCCUGGAAGAUUCAGGGUUGGGCGGCACAGAGUUGAAUUUCUUGUAUUUUCUGAGUAGAACGUGAUUCAAGUCAAUGGAUGACUGGGACGAUGAGAACAUUCCACCACUCCAGAAGGAGCAGCCAAAAAAUAAAUGGGAUGAUGAGGAUGUGGAUGAGAACGAUGUGAAGGAAUCCUGGGAGGAUGAAGAUGAACCUGCACCAGCUCCAGUAGUUAAACCUCCUGAAGCUGCCCCGAAGAAACCAGCUGCAAAAGCUACUGAGAAGAAAGGGAAAAUUGUUGACGUAGAACCUGAACGGCCUCUAGAUCCAUUAGCUGAGAAACUUCGCCAACAAAGGCUAGUGGAAGAAGCAGAUUACAAGUCCACUACAGAAUUGUUUAAAAAGAAGGGCGAUGAGAAGACUCUUGAUAAUUUCAUUCCAAAAUCUGAGAGUGACUUCGUGGAAUAUGCAGAGCUGAUCUCUCAUAAACUUCGUCCCUAUGAGAAAAGUUUUCAUUAUAUUAAUCUGCUCAAAGAUGCCAUUAGACUGUCGAUGGUUUCUUUAAAAGCAGCAGAUGCAAAAGAUGUUGCUUCUUCUAUCACCGCCCUUGCAAAUGAAAAACUAAAGGCCGAGAAAGAUGCCAACACUGGUAAAAAGAAGACAUCUGUGAAGAAGAAGCAGCUCCAUGUUGAGAAGGCAGAUGAUGACUUAAUUGUCAAUACUUAUGAUGAUGUUGAUGAUUACGACUUCAUGUAAUUGCUCCAAUUCAGUAUCUAUAUCUCGAGUCAUCAGUUUUUCACCUGCGAAUGGAGGUCAGAUUAUUCGGCAUAUCUUUCUCCUUUUUAAUACAACAAUAGAUUGAUUCCCCGAGUGUCGUGUCUAAAUAAGGUUAUGUAUUAGACUUGUGUAUGGCAUGUCAUUUAUAAAUUUUGCCCUUUUACCAAAAUUUCAUUUUUAUUUUGUUCAAUAGAAGAUGGUUAAGAGUCGCCCUUUGAGAAUGUACAAGAACGAGUGGUCAUUAACUCACAUUGUCAAGUUUUGUAUGUCGUGAAAAAUACAUUUUCUUUCUUGCAAAA